GAUACACGAUGAAGACGUUGAUCGUCGUGUUACUCCUGUUAGGCAUUUACAUUUCAUUCGCCACAAGCCGAUACGAUGGAAGUGGAACCGGUGCCCCGAGAGUAGUGGAGGCAUCGAAACAACAUUAUUUGCUCAAUGUCAUAAAAAAUCUUUCAAAAUCCACCGAGAAAGAGCAUAUUGAGCAUAGAAAAUCUGGAAGAUUUCCAUCAUGGUUUGCUUUUGGAGCAGCAACCGCAGCUUACCAGAUCGAAGGCUCCUGGAAUGAAGACGGUAAAGGUCCUUCGGUGUGGGACACCUUGACUCAUCGUCAUCCAGAGUUAGUAGUAGACCAAGCCACCGGUGAUGUGGCUGCUGAUUCGUAUCAUCGUUUUCAAGAUGAUAUCGCUGCUUUGAAGGAAACAGGAUUUCAUUUCUACCGUUUCUCAAUCGCAUGGUCUCGAAUCCUUCCGGAGGGGGAUCUAUCAUCACUCAAACAGGCUGGGAUUGAUUACUACAACAACCUGAUCGAUUCACUACUGGCUGCCAAUAUUAUCCCAGUGGUUACCAUGCUUCACUAUGAUGUCCCGCAGUACUUGCAAAAUUUGGGCGGACUUGCGUCGCCUUUGUUUGUUCGAUACUUUGAAAUUUAUGCCGAUACACUCUUCCGCCACUUCGGUGAUCGUGUUCACGUUUGGAUUACUCACAAUGAACCGAUGGAUUUUUGCGUUUCAGGAUAUGGGAGUGGAACCGAAGGUCCACUAGUUUACGCUCCUGGUGUUGGGGAGUACCUAUGUGCCCAUAAUGUGCUGCUUAGUCAUGCUGCUGCAUCUAAAAUUUUCAACGAAAAAUACAAAAUUCCAAACGUAGACAGCAUUGGCAUCACACUUAGCGGACGAUUCUUUUACCCGGCUCACAAUGGCGUUGGAGAUGAUGUGAUCGAUCGGGCGUUGCAAUAUCAGCUUGGAUGGUUUGCUCACCCAUUGUUUAGUGUAGCAGGCGGUUAUCCACCCAUCAUGAUAGAGGACAUCGCAGAUCAUAGUUUGCUUGAGGGACGUACAAUGUCACGACUUCCCGAAAUGUCUGAGGUCGAAAAAAAAUUAAUUCGAGGAUCGGCAGAUUUUUUCGGCUACAACUAUUACAGCAGCCGACUGGUCGAGCUGGAUAAACGAGAGUACAACAUCACAAGUCCACCUUCGUUGGACAAAGACGCCGGCCUGAUCUAUAGCGUUGAUCCAUCGUGGAAACGAGCAAAGUCAAGCUGGCUUUACGUAGUGCCGGAGGGUUUGCGCGGUGCAUUAAACUGGAUAAAAGAAAGUUAUAACAAUACGGAAGUAAUUAUAACUGAAAACGGAUACUCAGACGAUGGCCAAUUGGAUGAUCACGAUCGCGUCGAAUUUUACAGAAGCCACCUGAAACAGGUAUUGAAUGCACUAGAGGAGGACGGUUGCUUGGUAACAGCUUUUACUGCUUGGAGCAUCAUUGAUAAUUUUGAGUGGCUCAGAGGAUAUAGCGAAAAAUUCGGCAUUUAUCAAGUGAAUUUUACCAGCCCAAAUCUGGAGCGCACGCCAAAACUGUCCUCUCAAUUUUUCAAGGAACUUACACAUACAAGAAUAAUUCCCGAAACACACAAAACCAGCAGAUUAAAUAAGAAAUAGCAUCUAUUGGCAUUUAAGAUAACGUGCUUCAGAAUACAAAAAUUGUUCAAUAAAUAGGGUAUCAGGACAAGCAUUGUUCAGCAGAAAGUUUUGAAAUUAUAACAAUAGAAAGGUUAUCAAAUCAUUUAUUGCCUUAAACAAAGAUUAGUUAAAACAUAUUCGAAAGUCGUUCAAAUAAAAUACUAAGUAAGUGAAAAAUUCGUCCAAAAGAAAUAAAAUUCAUGAUUGUACAGAGAAAAAAAAUGU